CAGCUCACAAGUCCUCUUCUUUGUCUCUUUCUUUCUGCUAAUUAAUGUCUAACUAAAAACACUCUUUACUUCUUCGCUUACUUCUUAAUGAGCUCUCGAAUCUCUCCCAUUUGUGCUCUCACUUUGGUUCUCUUACAUGGUUUUCUCUCCUUAAUUUCCAUGUGCUCCAGUUGAAUGAAAGAGGUGGUACUGCUUCUGUCAAAAUGAGUGGAAGUGGCCGAAAACGUAGUUCAAAAUGGGAUUUGAAAGAAGGGUCUCGAAUGUCAUUUGAAGAUGUGGAAGACAAUGCUUGGCCUGGGAAAGCAGGAAUACCUUUUCGCGACAAAGAAUCACAAUGUGACUGGCUCCCACCUGAUGCUGCUGGCAGCACUCGCUCCAAGUGGUCGGCUAUGGAACCUUUGCCUGGAAGAAGAGGCUCCCGCAAGGAUGAUAAUAUCGAUGAAGACCAUGAAGACCAUAGUAGAACUUUGAAAGCCACCUAUGAAGAUGAGAGUUAUGGAACUAGAAUGUCUCCUGGUCUUGAUGAAUGGAGACAGCAAAGUUUUCGAAACUCUCCCAAGAAUGAAUAUAAAAGAUUAAGAAGGAGCCCGAGUCGAAGUCGGAGCCGGAGCCGGAGCAGGAGCCCUGUCCAUGGCUUCGGGCGAGAAUCAGGAGCAUAUGACAGAACUAGAAGUAGAUCUGGUGUAUCAGCUCAAUUAUGUAAGGAUUUUGUUGCUGGGAGAUGCAGGAGAGGUAAUCAUUGCCAGUUUCUUCACCAAGAUACUGAGACUUAUGAGGAUGAUUGGGAAAGACCCAGGAAAACUGCAGCUUCUAAAUAUCCUAUCUCUCAUGAUACUAAGCAGUACCCAAUGGGGAGUGGAAGAUCUGCCAAUUGCUGCACUAAUUUUCUAAAGGGAAACUGUAGAAGGGGUGAAUCCUGCAGGUAUGCUCAUCAUGGUGCUUCUGAUCCAUCCAGUAGGGGGUCUGCAAAUGAGGUGAUUAGAGAAAGAGAUAAUGACCGAAGGCAUAGAUAUGCAUCUCCAGAGAGACGUGCUGAGCGUGGAACCCGCAGAGCAGCUGAUAUUACCUGCAAAUUUUUUGCUGCUGGCAAAUGCCAGAAAGGAAAAUACUGCAGGUUUUCUCAUCAUGAUCAGACACUUGCAAGUCCUGACAAAAGAUCACGAGAUGUUAGGUGGCCACCAAGCCAAAACUCAGAUGAAUUGGAAAAAUCAUGGAAUGGUCCAAAAUGGAGUGACAGUCAUACCUCGGACUCUGCAAAGUUGAGCGAGGAUAAAAAUGAAAAAUUGGAUGCACCUAAUCUGAGGCUCUCUGCACGGCAUAUGGAGGAUGGAUGGGGCCAUAAUCCUGUUGAGGACAAGACACUCAGUAAUCCUCCAACUAAUGAAGUGGUUGAGAUCGACAAAAAGGAAGCCUUCCAAUGGAAGACUGAAAAUUCUGGUGAUAACACUAAUGUUUCUGAGAAUUGGCUUGGUGAUAUGGAAAUGUCUCCGGAUUGGAACUACAGACUGCAACCCUCCAACCAUAUCAACAAAGGAUCCAGUCAUGAACUUCAAGAGGGUUCAGGUCGGAUGCAUGAUACCGCUGCAGUCAUGCCACCAAUUUCAAAUGAAACAUCUUCCAUUCAACAGGGCUUUAAUUUAAAGGAGGUUGGGGGUAGUGCUUUGCCACAUGAUGAUGAUGGUGUGACAAAAACUGCUAGUUCCAACAUAAACAUUUCUGCCAGUGCCCUUGCAUCACAAAGCUUCAACAAAAAUGGCCAGAGUUCAAAUACUUCACCUAUUCUGAAUUUGAAUACUGUUGGACAAAUUCAAGAAGCAAUCUUGACCAAUGCUUCAAGAGGAGGGACAACAACAAAUCCUCAAAACCAAACACUGUUUCAGGAGAGGACAGUGAUCAACAUUCCAGAUACUGGGAAUCCAAAUGCUCCACAUGCGAAUUUGGGGAUUCCAACAGCACAAAACAUGGCCAGUAAUGAACAUUUGACUCAGCUUACCAACCUUUCUGCCUCUCUGGUUCAGUUACUUGUGAAUGGACAGCAGCUUCCACAACUUUAUGAAGCUCAUAAUUCGCAUGAUGGUACCUUUGCCAACUCAGAGGGCACUGUCACUGUGAAACCAUAUUCUGCAGUGACCAUUCAGCCAAAUCAAGCUGUUGAACCCCGGAAGCAGUAUGAUCCUAUUUGCGACAGUGUUGAGCCUGGGAAGCUUAAUGUCAAUACUAAUCCUCCAGAUAAGAAACUAGAAUUGUUAUCCAAAAGCUUGUCCCCUUCAUCUCUUGCUGCUGCACCCAAUGGUGGUGACUUUAACAAGUUCUUCUUGGAGCAAGAGUCUAAUGAAAAGAGUUCCCAGUUAAAUCAGCCAGCACCAGCUGCGAUUUCUGAAGCUACCAAGGAAAGCAAUGGAGUGGGGUCUGGUGAAGGCAAUAAAGUGCUAGAGCAGGAUAAGACCGCACAAGAAAAUGGUCCCUUAGAGAACAGUGAUGGUGAUGGCAAAGCUGAUGAGAGCAAGAAAAACAAGGAUGCCAAGGGAAAUCGUGCAUUUAAGUUUGCACUGGUGGAGUUUGUGAAGGAUCUUCUAAAACCUGCAUGGAAGGAAGGUCAAAUCAGCAAAGAUGCUUACAAGAACAUAGUUAAGAAAGUGGUUGACAAAGUUACUGGUACCAUGCACAGUGCUAGUAUUCCAACAACGCAGGAAAAAAUUGAACAAUAUCUGUCAGUUUCAAAGCCAAAGCUGACGAAACUUGUACAGGCAUAUGUGGAGAAAUUUCAGAAGGACAAAUGAAAGAACUCCCGGUGUUUUCUAUUCAUCUAUUUUCCUGUGUCAUAAAGAAAGCUAGUUAAAUUUUAUGUUUCAUAUGAUUUAUUAUGGUAAUGUAGCUUCUAGAAUGAGCUCUUCUUUUCAACCUGUGUUUUGUUUUAGUUGUUGAAAUCAAGGUUGGGUAAAACUUUAACUCUUACAUGUAGAAUAUCUUUUUGCUUGGAAGUUUAGAAUGCCUCCUAAUCAUGAAGGUUAACCAUGUAGAUUAAUUUUCAGAUUCUAUAAUGCCACCUAAUAGGGGCAUGUUAUUGUUAA